AUGCCGGAAGAUAUUGGAAAGAUCUCAAAGGUGUGGAAUACUUUGAAGAGAGCCAUGUUCUGCAAUGGUUAUAUCUAUAACCAUGUUGGCAUUGUCAACUUAAUGUGGAGAUUUACAAAUCAGAGAAACCUACAUAGGCUUGCAAUCACCAUAUUUGCAACAUCAUUCAUUACUCUCUCCCAAAUUCUUAAACAGAAAAACAAUUUGCAAAAGAUGAUCACGUCUCCGGAAUGGAAUAAUACCAAGUGGUCAAAAGAUGUUGCAGGAAAGAAACUAACAUCAACUUUUUUGCAUUUGCAAUUUGAGUUCUUAGCUUAA